AUUAAAAGUAUUAUUACCAUGGCACAAAAACUUACUAUCCUUUUCACCAUUCUCCUUGUGGUUAUUGCUGCUCAUGACAAUUCAUUCUACUCCCCGAAAAUUCAUGUGAUGGCCCGAGAUGUUGUUCUACCAACGGUGACGAAACUUUUUCAGCGAGACCCAGAUCCAAUUUGUAACAAACCUUGUAAAACACACGAUGAUUGCUCCGGUGCCUGGUUCUGUCAGGCCUGUUGGAAUUCCGCGAGGACAUGUGGGCCCUAUGUUGGCGGCGCCAUGGCCAUAGGCCUGUAAUUUCAAUAUUAUUGUCUCAAGUGUUGUCCUUCUUUUCGACUUUUAGUCCUAAGUGACCAAAGUGUAAUUCGAAAAGAAGCAAAAAGUAUCUAUGUUUUAGAUACAUGCUUUGUGGCUAAUAAAAAAUCGACUAUACUUGUUGAUUUGAUAUAAAUAUGUUAUCAGGGUGUAAUAUGUAAUCACCAAAUUAAAUAAAAACCAUCUUGUUAUGUGUGUUA